CCCAAUCAGUUUUGUUUUGAGUCCUAACAAAACUAUAUCUUUGUAACUUCAAGUUCUGAGAGAAUUUCCUGAAAAUCGAAGCCAUCAAGGAGAAGAGUUUAGAAGAGAUGACCUCAUUGAGGAGAUUAUUCUCAGCUGUGUGUUUAUGGAUUUUAUUUCUGAUUGCCACACUUUUCUUGAUUCUCAACCAUUUAGAAGAUCAUGGUGUCUCAUCCCAACUAAAGGUUGCCGAAGAAAAUCCGGCGACGGUUACUCACAAAGUAUACUUUGAUAUCGAAAUCGGCGGAAAGCCCUCUGGACGAGUUGUGAUUGGCCUAUUUGGAGAAACAGUUCCUAAAACCGCAGAGAAUUUUCGCGCUCUUUGCACGGGUGAGAAAGGAAUCGGGAGGAGCGGGAAGUCUCUACAUUACAAAGGAAGCAAAUUCCAUAGAAUUAUUCCCAGUUUUAUGAUUCAGGGAGGAGAUUUUACUCGUGGAGAUGGUCGAGGUGGAGAGUCGAUAUAUGGCGAGAAGUUUGCAGAUGAAAAUUUCCUAUUGAAACACGAUGGUCCAGGAUUUGUGUCAAUGGCAAACUCUGGGGAGGACACUAAUGGGUCACAGUUCUUUAUUACGACUAUUAAAACUAGCUGGUUGGACGGGCACCAUGUUGUAUUUGGAAAAGUGCUUUCAGGUAUGGAUGUAGUCUUCAAGAUCGAAGCUGAAGGAAAUCAGGGGGAUGGAAAACCAAAGACUGAAGUUUCCAUUUCACAAAGUGGAGAGCUUCCAGUAUAAUUCCGGAAACAGAGAUUGUUGAUAACAGAGGUUCCCCUUCCCUACAGCUUUCUCUCUAGUGAGAUGUAGGCAUCAGCUUCACAUUAGAAUUGAUUAUUCCCAGACCUUUAAUGGAUUUCGUUCACAUUAUUUAUCAUUUCUAUAAAAACACACUUCAUCUUUGCAAUCUCAAUAAAAAUAAAACUUCCAUUUUCUUGCUUGCUA